AGAGUGGCCAGAUCUGGUGGAAGAGGAAAAAAAUGUAGUUAUUGAAUUCAGUCAAUUGUUUGCGUCUUUGAAGCUUUCAACAGAAUUCCAUCAAGAAAGGUUCUGGCUGGUCCCACAGACAUAUGGAUAUCCAAGGAGCUACCUAAAGAUGGAGAAAUCAAGGCACAGAGAGAUUAAGUGACUUUGCCACAGUCACGAACUGGGGAGGACCAGGAGUGGAACUGAGAGCGAGCCCCGGACUCUGGGCCUGCGUCCUGCCAGGAGUCACGCUGCCUCCGUUCCUAGGAGAGAAGGCUGCCUGCAAGAUGGAGGUGGACACCGAGGAGAAGCGGCAUCGCACGCGGUCCAAAGGGGUUCGAGUUCCCGUGGAACCAGCCAUACAAGAGCUGUUCAGCUGUCCCACCCCUGGCUGUGACGGCAGUGGUCAUGUCAGUGGCAAAUAUGCAAGACACAGAAGUGUAUAUGGUUGUCCCUUGGCGAAAAAAAGGAAAACGCAAGAUAAACAGCCCCAGGAACCUGCUCCCAAGCGAAAGCCAUUUGCCGUGAAAGCGGACAGCUCCUCCGUGGACGAGUGUGAGGACAGCGAUGGGACUGAAGACAUGGACGAGAAGGAGGAGGACGAGGGGGAGGAGUACUCCGAGGACAACGAGGAGCCCGGGGAUGAGGACGAGGAGGACGAGGAGGGGGACCGGGAGGAGGAGGAGGAGAUCGAGGAGGAGGACGAGGACGAUGAUGAAGACGGAGAGGAUGUGGAGGAUGAGGAAGAGGAAGAGGAGGAAGAGGAGGAGGAAGACGAGGAGGAGGAAGAAAACGAAGACCAUCAAAUGAAUUGUCACAAUACUCGAAUAAUGCAAGACGCAGAGAAGGACGAUAACAACAACGACGAGUACGACAAUUACGACGAACUGGUGGCCAAGUCGCUGCUGAACCUCGGCAAGAUCGCCGAGGACGCGGCCCACCGCGCCCGGACGGAGUCGGAGAUGAACAGCAACACCUCCAACAGCCUGGAAGACGACAGCGACAGGAACGACAACCUGGGUCGGAAGAGCGAGCUGAGUUUAGACUUAGACAGCGACGUGGUUAGAGAAACGGUGGACUCCCUUAAAUUGUUAGCCCAAGGACACGGUGUCGUGCUCUCGGAGAACAUGAACGACAGGAGCUAUGCAGACAGCAUGUCGCAGCAGGACAGUAGAAAUAUGAAUUACGUCAUGCUGGGGAAGCCGAUGAACAACGGGCUGAUGGAGAAGAUGGUGGAGGAGAGCGACGAGGAGGUGUGUCUGAGCAGCCUGGAGUGUUUGAGGAAUCAGUGCUUCGACCUGGCCAGGAAGCUCAGCGAGACCAACCCGCAGGAGAGGAACCCGCAGCAGAACAUGAACAUCCGCCAGCACGUCCGGCAGGAGGAGGACUUCCCAGGGAGGACGCCGGACAGGAACUACUCGGACAUGCUGAACCUCAUGCGGCUGGAGGAGCAGCUGAGCCCGCGCUCCAGGGUCUUCUCCAGCUGCGCCAAGGAGGAGGGCUGCCUCGGGCGGGACGACGACGCCACCUCUGUGACCUCGGACAGGUCCGAAGAGGUGUUCGACAUGACCAAGGGCAACCUGACCCUGCUGGAGAAAGCCAUUGCUUUGGAAACAGAGAGAGCAAAGGCCAUGAGGGAGAAGAUGGCAGUGGAAGCCGGGAGGAGGGACAAUAUGAGGUCAUAUGACGACCAGUCUCCGAGACAGCUUCCCGGGGAAGACAGAAAGCCUAAAUCCAGUGACAGCCAUGUCAAAAAGCCAUACUAUGGUAAAGAUCCCUCAAGAACAGAAAAGAAAGAGAGCAAGUGUCCAACCCCGGGGUGUGAUGGAACCGGCCACGUAACUGGGCUGUACCCACAUCACCGCAGCCUGUCCGGAUGCCCGCACAAAGAUAGGGUCCCUCCAGAAAUCCUUGCCAUGCACGAAAGUGUCCUCAAGUGCCCCACUCCAGGCUGCACGGGGCGCGGGCACGUCAACAGCAACAGGAACUCCCACCGAAGCCUUUCCGGAUGCCCAAUUGCAGCAGCAGAGAAACUGGCCAAGGCGCAGGAGAAGCACCAGAGCUGUGACGUGUCCAAGUCCAGCCAGGCCUCGGACCGCGUGCUCAGGCCAAUGUGCUUUGUGAAGCAGCUGGAGAUUCCUCAGUAUGGCUACAGAAACAAUGUCCCCACAACUACGCCGCGUUCCAACCUGGCCAAGGAGCUCGAGAAGUAUUCCAAGACCUCGUUUGAAUACAACAGUUACGACAACCAUACUUAUGGCAAGCGAGCCAUAGCUCCCAAGGUGCAAACCAGGGAUAUAUCCCCCAAAGGAUAUGAUGAUGCAAAGCGGUACUGCAAGGACCCCAGCCCCAGCAGCAGCAGCAGCAGCAGCUACGCGCCCAGCAGCAGCAGCAACCUGAGCUGCGGCGGGGGCAGCAGCGCCAGCAGCACCUGCAGCAAGAGCAGCUUCGACUACACGCACGACAUGGAGGCGGCGCACAUGGCGGCCACCGCCAUCCUCAACCUGUCUACGCGCUGCCGCGAGAUGCCGCAGAACCUGAGCACCAAGCCGCAGGACCUGUGCGCCACGCGGAACCCUGACAUGGAGGUAGACGAGAACGGAACCCUGGACCUCAGCAUGAACAAGCAGAGGCCGCGGGACAGCUGCUGCCCCAUCUUGACCCCCCUGGAGCCCAUGUCUCCCCAGCAGCAGGCCGUGAUGAACAACCGGUGUUUCCAGCUGGGCGAGGGUGACUGCUGGGACUUGCCCGUAGACUACACCAAAAUGAAGCCCCGGAGGAUAGACGAGGAGGAGUCCAAAGACAUCGCUCCAGAAGACUUGGACCCAUUCCAGGAGGCUCUAGAAGAGAGACGGUAUCCAGGGGAGGUGACCAUCCCAAGUCCCAAACCCAAGUACCCUCAGUGCAAGGAGAGCAAAAAGGAUUUAAUAACUCUGUCUGGCUGCCCCCUGGCGGACAAAAGCAUUCGAAGUAUGCUGGCCACCAGCUCCCAAGAACUCAAGUGCCCCACGCCUGGCUGUGACGGCUCCGGACAUAUCACCGGCAAUUACGCUUCUCAUCGGAGCCUUUCAGGUUGCCCGAGAGCAAAGAAAAGCGGUAUCAGGAUAGCACAGAGCAAAGAAGAUAAGGAAGAUCAAGAGCCCAUCAGGUGUCCCGUCCCCGGGUGCGACGGCCAGGGCCACAUCACGGGCAAGUACGCAUCCCACCGCAGCGCCUCCGGGUGCCCGUUGGCGGCCAAGAGGCAGAAGGACGGGUACCUGAAUGGCUCCCAGUUCUCCUGGAAGUCGGUCAAGACGGAAGGCAUGUCCUGCCCCACACCAGGGUGCGACGGCUCGGGCCACGUCAGCGGCAGCUUCCUCACACACCGCAGCUUGUCAGGAUGCCCAAGAGCCACGUCAGCGAUGAAGAAGGCAAAGCUUUCUGGAGAGCAGAUGCUGACCAUCAAACAGCGAGCCAGCAACGGUAUAGAAAACGAUGAAGAAAUCAAACAAUUAGAUGAAGAAAUCAAGGAGCUCAAUGAAUCCAAUUCCCAGAUGGAAGCUGAUAUGAUUAAACUCAGAACUCAGGUAACAAUUACCACGAUGGAGAGCAACCUGAAGACCAUCGAAGAGGAGAACAAGGUGAUUGAGCAGCAGAACGAGUCUCUCCUCCACGAGCUGGCGAACCUGAGCCAGUCCCUGAUCCACAGCCUGGCCAACAUCCAGCUGCCGCACAUGGAUCCAAUCAAUGAACAAAAUUUUGAUGCUUACGUGACUACUUUGACGGAAAUGUAUACAAAUCAAGAUCGUUAUCAGAGUCCAGAAAAUAAAGCCCUACUGGAAAAUAUAAAGCAGGCUGUGAGAGGAAUUCAGGUCUGAACAGCUGCUGUAGUGAUGAAACUCUUGCUUAAAAAGGAUGCCUCUUGUUUUUUGCUGCUGUAACUUACCAGAAAGUGUUCUAUAUUGAUUUCUGUUUGAAACAGUGUUAUGCUUACAAGACUUCAUAAUGAUUUUAUGUCUUGCUUUAAAAAUAGUACCUGCAGAAUAGUUUUUGAAUACACCCACAUUUUGUACGUUCCCAUGUAAGCUGACAGUGUUCUGCCAUGUAAUGUUUAUAGCUGCUGAUGUAUGCACAUUUGGGGGUAUAUCUAUUUCUGAAGAGGUAAGCUGAUCAAAAUAAAUAGAGUGUAAAUUCUUUUUAAUGCUUUAGUGAUACAUGUUUUAGUAUUUUGGACUGAAAUGGACACACACACACACUCACACACACACACACACUCGCACACACUCACACACACACACACACACACACACACACACACAGCUUUGAAUGAUCAUGUGGCCAGCAGCCACUUUUUAGACAUCAUCAUUUUGCCUCAUGUCGGAGGACUUUACGGAAUUUAAGAAAUACAUUUUGUGUGCAUAUUGUUUCAUAGCAAGAAUUGGUUGCAAAAAUGCUUUAUUUUUGAACAAUGCUUGGAAAUAUUAUGUGACUUUUUUGUUUGUUUGUUUUAGGAGGAUGGUGUAUGGUGGGGGCAAUAAAUGAGUUUUUUUGCAUUCCAAGGAAAUGGCAUAUGGAUUAACUGUAAGAAAUGAAAUAAGUAAUUUAUUGUAAGACAACAUCAAGCCAUGGAAACUUGGCAGAAGAUGCAAGGCAGCUUACACAGCACUUUUAAAUUAACUCCUAAGCAUUACAUGGUGUGACUGUGGAAACUCCAGUUAAGACAGGAUCUUAUCAGAGGUGGACAACAUGAAGAUUUCCUUUUCCGUUUUCAAUAAACUUUGGAACAACCUUCCCGUAUCUCCCCUAGAGUUCCGUGCCCCUCUGAACUGUCUGUCACUGCAAUGUAGUUUAUCAACAGAGUUUGCGUGUUUUCAAUUUAAGCUAAAGAUAAUUUAAGAGCAUUUAUUUCCCCUUUUCACUUUAAAAGAUUAUGAUUAUUACUAUGAUUGUUACAAGUCUUCUUAUUUUACACUUGAGGGAUAAAGGCAAAUGAUUUGUGAGUC